AUGGGAACUGCAAAGACGAGACAGCUCGACGGUACAGAAAUUGGUGUAACUCCAUUUGUAUCUGGUCUGAUCAAUGGAAAAGGUCGGCGAUAUGAUGCUUCCGGUAAUGCGAUGAAAAGUUACAUUCCCGUAGAAGAGAUUGAGAUUGUUAAAAAAGGCACCUAUAGAUUCCGUCUUAUAAGUGCAGCUAUGAUGUACCCAUUCCGCUUCUCAAUUGAUGGACAUGAAUUGCAUGUGUUUGCAACAGAUGGAAAUCUCAUUAAAACUACGACUGUCGAUGCUCUUAUAAUCAACUCUGGAGAAAGGUUUGAUUUCUAUAUUGAGACAUCGGCUCCCGUAACGAACUAUUGGAUCAGAGCAGAAACCCUGGAAACAGAGACAAUACUUGGGACACCUAUAUCACCUGGUAUUGUACGAGGAAUACUGCGGUAUAGGUCAGCCGAUGAUAUGGAGCCAACAUCUACAAGACAAACGUGCUCAGACAAUGAUCGAUGUCUAGUUAUGAACUGUCCGUUCAGGUAUUACCCAGAAACAGCUAAGACUGACUGUCUAUCUUGGUCGGAGGUAAAAGCACCUAAGAGAAGGGCUGCUCCUGCGAUUUCAAACAAGUACACAUUCCAGGAGAAAUUUAUCAAUUUCCACUUUUCUGGGGACACUUCUUUAAGAUCUUCAGUGAAUGGUCGCCGAUUCAUCCCACCAUCAACACCUCCAAUGAUUCUUCCCGGGGGUGAUGAGAAAGAUUACAUGACAAAAUGUAAUGACACUGAGUGUGCACAGCGUCACUGCGAUUGUACUCACUACAUUACACUCCCAUCCGAUGCCAUUGUGCAGAUUGUAUUAUAUAAUAUCAGAGUUGGAGAAGGUCUAAGUGGUACAUCUCAUCCGGUUCAUUUCCAUGGCCACCAUUUCCACGUACUCAAGUCUGGUUUUGGUACUUAUGAUACCACUACUGGCAGGUUUCUUGACGAUACGACUGACAUAAGCUGUGGCGACGACAUCCCACGCUGUAAUAGCGGUUCAUGGAGCAACUCGAGCUGGUCCGGUGAUGAUAUUCCGGGGUUGAACCUAGUAGAUCCGCCGAUCAAAGACACGGUCAUCGUACCAGUUGGUGGAUAUGUGGUAAUUCGAUACAAGACUGACAAUCCAGGGUGGUGGUUUGUACACUGUCAUAUCGAGAUUCACCAAGUAGAAGGAAUGGCUUUGAUGAUCAAAGAAGGAGAAGAAAAGCAAAUGACCAAACCACCGAAGGAUUUUAAGACAUGUGGUAAUUUCCAAUGGUCGAGAGAGGAGUUUAAAGAAAUAAUAUCAAUGGGCUCCAAACCAUCGCUGAACACCUUGGUAUUCUGUCUAGCUGUGUACAUAGCAUUCAAUGCGGUCACUGCCAUAUAG